AUUUUAACUUCGGAUUCUGUCUCAAAGGAUCGAAACAGUUGAAGUGCUAUUUUGCAACUAUUCGGCAGUGACAUGAUAUUGCUAGUACCAGCACCCUAUGAAGAGACGAGGAUUUAAAAAACUGUUGUCCUCUGGAGCCGCGGGCAAAUAGUAUCAUAGCAGAACAUUGUCAUUUGGAUUGCAGCGACUCAUACCUUCUCGUAUCUGAUUUCGGAUCGGCAUCGUCUAUUUCUCCAUUGAAUUUAAUUGUGGGCCAAUCAGCGGUGUGACACACAAUCGCAAGACAAAACCAAAGAAAUGUCGAACGUAGUUGAAACUCAUGUUGCUGGGCCCAAUCGGCCAUCGCCAGAGCGGAUUUGCCAGGAAUACGAAGACCUUUCAAUGGCAUGGGAACGCAAGUACGAUUGCCAGGGAGGUAGUCAUGUUCGGGACGACCACUACAUCAAUUUUCAAAUCAGUCUUCAGUUUGAGCAGGGGUAUAUGAAGCCGAAGGACAAAAGCAGCAGCGCGAAGACAGCAGGUAAUGCUGGCCCCGACAGUAAAAGCGAUACAGAACGAGUCCAGAAGAUGAUCAGUGACGAAGCAGAGCGGUACGAUAAGAAAAAGCUCGAGUCAACCUUAGGGAUGCCCGAAACCAAAAGUAAGUGGCCGAUGAGGCUUUGGUCUCGUCCGUCAGUUUUGGACACCAAGUCACAGAAGGCAGUUUUUGUAGACCCUCGCAGCCCUUCUCGGUCUUUCCUUUUUCUUGCAGAUACGCACGCAAAAGACGAAAAAGCAGCAGGACGUAUACGAUUUUUGGAAAGACACGACAACGCUUUUGGAAGAGCGGUGAUAGACCUAUCGGAGUAUGGGAUACAGACGGUGCAUUUGACUGCAGAGUUCGGCAUGCCGCAGUUCUACCGUGGCGCUCUAGAUGGAGGCAUUUUGUGCUUCAUAGGCGAAUUGAGCCCAACAGCAGACGAGCUUCCUUUUUUUGCGACGAAAAGGCAGAAGGCGCAAGUGAGAAAGCUUCGCGAAGGACGAAAAAACGUAGACUUCGGAGAAAGAUUGCAGACGAUAAAAAGUCCCGUUAUUGUGGUUGCAAGCUUCAGUAAGCUUAACCCUCUCGGCCAACCGCUUGUUUACGUCUUGCUUGACCACUUUGCCGACCGCCCUCUUGAGUUUCCCUGCUUCCCCUGUUUUGCGGGCGAGUACCGCAGAGAGGUCAUGUUUUCCAAGUACAAGAUCUCAGACUUCCCCUGCGGACUGGCAGCGUGCAUGAAUCGCCACGCAGAGCAAUGCAAAGCGACAUGGGAUUUCGAAAGCGCAUCAGAAUACGUCGACAAUGAGUCAUCUGGCAGGAUGGUGCUGCAAAGAGACGCAACCGACGACACGAUGGAAAGAGGAGCAAAGCGACAGAAGACCGCGCUGGCUGCAAGAGAUCAUGCGGACCCAAUUAAUUCGUGGUGUUUGCGACCGGCGCAAAUGGGCACCGACUUGGCGAUCGCAACCGUCGGCAAGCGAAGUGCCUCGUGCCACUCCACUUUGUUCAGUCGGCGUGUGGAGUACCUCAACAGCAAGGGCCAGGUGGAGACGCGGGACGUAGCUCAGUGCUAUGGUUAUCACGCACAGGUUCAAAAGUGCGGCUUUUUUACCGAGCCUUUCCAAGAAGAUAAAUACAUCAUCUGUGAAACUCUUCACCACGGUAUGAGCCGCGUGCAGUUGAUUUCACUCGAGUGGAACGAGAAGCAGGACAAAUUGCUAGGCUCCAAAAUCCGUUACUUGAUUCCGCCGCAUGUGCAUCCGCUAGCUUGGAAAAGAGACCAAAGAGUGCAACACUUCACAAGCUCGCAAGAGUUGCUCUACUGGGAUGAUUUUUUCGCCAUUAUUCAGGAGACUAGCUUCGUCGCCUUGCCAACUUUGUGGCUUUACCACGUCAAAAAUCCCAAGGAAAAGCUGGUCGAGGGGGAGGUGGAGGGCAGCUGGAAGCUCCUGCGGGGCGAAAACUUUAGCGACAGCAUGUACAGCAGCACUUUGCUACACUUCUCGGAUUUUGCGAAGCAUCCCGGAGCGUCGGGCGCUCUUGUGCUGCCAAAGGCUGCGUACCAGUAUGUCGACACAGCUUACAAGGAGGCAGAGUGCGCGUUGUGGUCGACGAUCCUCGGGGUCCCCGAAGAAAAGUUUGGUCCAGGUCGGGAAAACCUUGUUGAGAGACAACCGACAGACGCAGACAUCAAAUCAGCACACGAGCGACUCGCGAAACAAACGAAAAAAGUCAUACGAGCGUACCUCCAAGGGGAAAUUGGAAAAGAACCCAAAGAACUUCCAGUCUCCGGUCUUGCCAUCCAGCUCCAUGGCGGUCCGCACGGUGUGAGUAUCCCAACCUACAGCCCGGUCCAUGUUCUGCUGCCAGAGGCUCUGAAGGUCCCGCUGUUUUUCCCGAACUACCGCGGCAGCACAUCUUUUUCCCGUGAAUUCAACGAGUGCCUGCUGGGGAAAGCCGGCGUCGACGACGUGGCAGACUGCGAAGGGCUCACCAAUGAACUGCUGAAAGUGUUUUCGGAUCCUUCUGCGACGGCGCAGCGACGUGGUACUUAAAUGAAAAUGAACUUGAUGGAUUCUUAGCACUGCCGUCGAAUUUGCUUGCAACAUAGUAAACCCCUGCGUGCAUUUUUACAUAGACACCGCUACUGCUUUCGUACUGCCUUCGAGAUUCUUGAUGCAUUUUUGCUCAUUGUUGGUGUUCACAACAUAUCAAACCCCCUGCAGGCCUACCCCUUCCGGUGUUUGUGAUGGGCGGCAGCCACGGCGGUUUUCUCACGGCGCACUUGAUUGGGCGGAACAAAAUCCCCAACAUCCAGUGCGGCAUCAUGCGGAAUCCGGUCACGGAUCUGGAGGGAAUGGUGCGGCAAACCGAUAUCCCGGAGUGGAUUUUUGCGGAGGCUCUGAACCGUACGCAGUACAAGUGGUCGGAGUUGUCGGACGAAGACUGCAUUGAAUUGAAGAAAAAAUCGCCGGUGAGUUCUAUCAAAAACGUGACGUGCGACGUGCUCAUGCUUCUCGGGGAUAGCGACCUGCGCGUGCCGAUGGGUCCGAACGGGAAGGCAUACGUGGAGCUGUUGCGCAGGUUGCGGAGCGCGGAAAAAACCACUUCUACCGUCGCAAACGGGAAUAGUGCUUCUGCGAAUGGCGGGCCAUCCUCGGGUGCAACCAGCGGACACCUACCGCAGCAGAUUCACAUGGAAAUAUUCGAAGGCGAAGGACACGGAUUCGACAAGGAGCACCACAUCGCCAAGGCAAACUUGUUGACGCUCGAGUGGAUCCGGAGACGCAUUCUUCUGUGACUCUAAUCAGGAUGUGGAAUUUUAAACACUCAAACGAAGUCUAACGACCGCAACAAAAGAUGAAACUAUGGUGGCAAUUUUCUAGCAGCACUUUCAUGGGUCGCUGACUUGCUAGUAAGAGCGCACGUGAAACGUAUCGACAGUCUUACGAAGAAGCGAGACUCUUACGCCAUUUUAUAUCAAGGACUUUGCAGCAGCAGCUCUUUCCCAUUGCGUGAGACAUCAACAGCAUGGUACUGCCGAUCCCUGCUUUUGCAGCAAUAAGAUUUGGAGACUGCCCCGUGGCCACACGGUGGCUGGAUUGAUUUGACCGAUCUUGACAGUUUCGUCUCGGUGCGUGACUUUCAACUCCGCUCUUAUUGUGAUACAGCCUCAUCUCGAGCGACCAAAGCGGUAUCGAGUGACCAACAUUAUAUGCGCAACACCUGC